AUGCUCCUCGUUUUGGGCGCCCAGGCCAAGUCCAAAGAGAAGUUUGGUCUGAAGGUCAUGGGCUCCUGGGAAGACUCGGUGGCCGCCAGCGUGGCCUCAGGGCUGGCUUGUCAGGGACUUCGAGGGGAAGCUAGCGGCAACACCUCACUCCAGAGCGAAUCCCAGCGCUGCCGCUCACAGCUGUGUGGCCUUGUGCAAAAGGCUCCCCUCGCAGAGCUCAGUUUCCUCAUCUGCCAAGUGGACGUCCCACUUCCUGGUCUCAUUAACUUCAUCCUCGGUGAUUUGGCCAGACUCUGCUUCCAGCCUGAAGCAGGCAGGAGACUGUGCAAGUCAACGGUCCGCCAGGCCCAUCACCAGGCCAGCGUCAAGGUCUCUCCCAAGGACACUGAGAUGAAAACAGCAGAAGAGCCAACCCCGAGUCUUGGGCAGACCCUGGAGUGGCUGAGGAAGGAACUGGCCGAGAUGCAGAUCCAAGACCAGAAGCUCCUGCUCACACUGAGGCAUCUUCGCAGUGUCCUGGAGGAGCUGCGUUCCGAGAGUGCCCACUGGGAGGAUGCCGUGUCCAGCAGAGGGACAUCGCCCAUCAGAGCUCGAGCAGGCUCCGAAGGCCGGGGUCACCAGCCCGUGUCAUCCAGGCGGCUGGCCCAGCUCCUCCAAGGGGUAGAUGGCCGGCGAAGCUCCCUCCCCUAACUGGUCAGAGAUGACCCUGGGCUUGAACCCCCCACCACUAAUCUAAGUUUUGUGAUGCUGUUGGGGUGGGGGACACUGGGAUGGGAGUCAAGAAGUCCCUAGGUUCACCUCUGUCCUCAUCUACUAAA